ACUACUUUUCUUACUCUUCUCUCUAUAAAGUAACACUCUUUUUUCCUCAUCACAGUAUCCAAGAGAGUGACCAGAAUCAUCACCAAUGGCUAUCUCUGUUGUGUCUUUUUUCUUCUGUUUCUUCUUCCUUUGUAUUUCUUCUUCUUCAUUUGCUGCUACUGCUCCUCCUCCUCCUUGCAAGCCCACUUGUAGAGUGCAUCAAAGCAAAGCUGCUUAUUUUCGCUCUGAAGCUCCUCUCUCCGCUGGGGCAUGUGGGUAUGGUUCAUUGGCUCCAAGCUUCAACGGAGGAUACCUUGCAGCUGGUGUUGCUUCUCUGUUUAGAGACGGCGUUGGUUGUGGAGCCUGUUAUCAUGUACAAUGCAAGAACCCAAAACUGUGUAGAGGAAGUGGAACUACUGUGAUCUUGACUGAUAUACAUAAAAGCAAUGAAACAGACUUUGUUUUGAGUAGCAGAGCUAUGGUUUCCAUGGCUAGUAAGGGUAUGGCUAGGGAACUCUUAGGUCAAGGGAUUAUAGAUGUGGAAUACAGGAGGGUACCAUGUAUAUAUCAGAGCCAGAACUUGUCUGUAAGAGUGGAGAAAAACAGCAAGAAGCCACAUUACUUGGCAGUUACAUUCCUGUACCAAGGCGGUCAAACAGAUAUCAAGAUUGUUGAAUUGUUAAAGCUGCACGAAACACGCCCAUAUGCCAUGAAGAGGAACUAUGGUGCAGUGUGGGAUAUGAGUAGUCCUAUUCCAGAUGCACCUUUGUAUUUUAGGCUGUGGGUAACUGGAGGGUUUGAUCGAAGAAUUGUGUAUUCGAAGAAGCCUUUGCCUGCUGACUGGAAGGCUGGGGAGAUUUAUGAUCUUGGCGAGCAGUUCAAUGACGCCAUUGAUGCUACUAGUGAUCCUUGUACUACUUGUCCAAGUCCUUGAAGACGACCAGCGUCUAAAUCAGAGUUGAUAACCAAAGGAGUUAGCUUUUAUAUCAAUCUCUGUUUGGUUGGUUAGAUGAUAAGAUGCAGUGACAAUGGUAAUAAGAAAGCAUUGCGCUUGUAGUUUUAUUGAUAUCAGGGGAAUAUUGUAAGACAGUGGACUGUAAAACUUCUGUAAGAUGUUUAUUUAAAUUUGUGUUCCCAACAUCAAUGGAAGCAAGGGCAUGCUUCAUAAAUUACUUAAGCUUAUCAUUUCCCAUGGGA